AUGCUAACUUUUCGCAGGGUUCUUAUAGUAGCCUUGACUGUUUUAGCUAUUUUCCUGCUAUUUGGAGGCAAGGGCCGGAUAGACUCCAAACGCUUUUUCCACGACGAGCAGCUAGAGAAGCGCUUGUUGCAAGUGCAGCGCGAGCUGAUGGCCAAAGUGGCAGCUGUGGAUGAAUUGUCACAUAACCGUGUUUCAAAACUGGACGAGAAGAUCGAGAAACUCGAAGUCGAAAAACGCGUGCUUGAGCAGCAAAUACAAGAGCUCCGUCGACUUCCAGAGGGCGCUACUCUUCGCCAACAGCUCUCGUACCAGUUCCCAUACCACAAGUCGAGCAGGUUCCCGGCUUAUAUUUGGCAGACGUGGAAGCACGGGCGUAACGAUGCCGAGUUGGAGGAGCACAUCCACCAGUUCAUGCAGAGCUGGGACCAUCAUGGCGAAGGCUUUGUUCACGAGGUGCUCAGCGACAGUGUUGCGGAGAAAAUCGUGACACACUUGUUUAUGAAUGUGCCGGAUGUUAUUGAUGCGUACAAGGCGAUGCCAGAGAAGAUUCUCAAAGCCGAUUUCUUCCGUUAUCUUAUUUUACUGGCCCGGGGCGGAACAUACUCUGACGCAGACACAGAGCUUUUGAAACCGAUUCCGGUCUGGAUCCCAGGAUCGCUGAACCCGCUUAAUAUUGGCGUCACCAUCGGUAUUGAGGCCGAUCCUGAUCGUCCCGAUUGGGCCGAGUGGUACGCUCGCCGAAUCCAGUUUUGCCAGUGGACUAUUCAGUCAAAGCCCGGCCACCCGAUCCUGCGCGAGGUUGUUGCAAGAAUCACAGAAAAAACACUGGAGAAGAAAAAGAAGGGCGCCAUGUUUGACGCAACCAUUAAUAGGGGCACGGACAUCAUGGACUGGACAGGCCCCGGUAUCUGGACAGACUCGAUCAUGGACUACUUUAAUUUACCGACGUCUCCCUUUGGACCCACCGACUGGCAUAAUUUCACUGGCCUUGCUGAACCAAAGCUGUUUGGCGAUGUGCUCAUUUUGCCAAUUACAUCGUUCUCCCCGGGCGUUGAUACCAUGGGCUCAAAGGCUGAGUCCGACCCUUUGGCAUUUGUUAAGCAUCAUUUUGAAGGCUCCUGGAAAGACGAUAAAAAGAAAAAAACGUAA